AUGCUCGCUGUCGUUGCAGUCUCUGGAGGCUGCGCCGCGGCUCCCGAGCGGCGCGUGACCCGUGCCAGUUUUGGUAAGGUUUUGCGCACCCUCUCAACUGACUCCCUGAGGCAGGGUGGCGCGGGUGCGGGGUGGCUCGGCAGCUCGGCGGGAGGCCUCCGACCCGGCUACCUUGUGCUGUUGAAGUUGCUGCAGGAGACGCCGAUGACGAUGGCGCUGUCCUCGCGGCUGGCCAGCGUCCGGGCUCGCUGGCGCGCCGCCCGGGAUAGCACUGACAGUCUGCCGGCGCAGAGGGCGCAUUCGAAUGCGCCCGCCGCGCCGGCAGACUGUUGGACGGCCACAGUCGCGAAAGCGCGCCGCGCCAUGAGCGGCGACCGUGGUGAGAACGCGAUGUGCCACUUGCUCUCACUUAGCAGCUAA